AUGUUUACUGAAAUUGAACUGUUGUCAUAUUUUUCAGAGGUUGAACGCAGAUAUGAUGCAGAUUUAUUUUUGAAGGGAACAGAAACCUCACCGAAUAAUAUCACUGGGGUGACGACAAACGAAGCAGUUAACAAAUCAUCAAAGAAUAUACGGUUACCACAAACUGUAUUUCCACGCUUCUAUGAUCUACAGCUUCAAGUUCAUAUUCAUGGAAAUGCAGAUACUAAAGACUCCUAUUUCAAUGGAUCUGUCACCAUAGAGAUUCAGUGUUUAGCAGCAACUGCAGAACUCUUUAUUCAUGCUUAUCCCAAUCUUAAUGUCAGUAGGGAUCAAAUCAAAAUAUUUUCAGACGAUAAGGAAGAUUCAAAGAAGACGGAAAUUCCAAUACAGACGAUAUCCUACGAUAAAGAUGCUGAAUGGUACCACAUACAGUUGAAAGAUGCACUACAACCCAAUGCAAGUUAUAAACUGAUAUUUGGUCAAUUUAAUUCUUCACUAAACUACGAACCGCUAGGAUUUUAUCUGAGUCGAUAUGCAGAAAAUGGAACUUAUAAGUACUUAGCAAGCACACAAUUUGAGUCAACUUAUGCAAGGCGUGUAUUUCCUUGUUGGGAUGAACCUGGAUUUAAGGCCGUGUUUCAGUUUACUGUCUGGGCAAGACCAGAGAAAAUUGAAUCAGCCAGGUAUGCUUUGGAUAUCGGUAGAAGAAUUCUUACAUUCUUUGAAGAUUACUUUGGAGUGCCUUAUCCACUUCCGAAAAUGGAUUUGAUUGCAAUUCCUAAUUUUAAACAUGGCGCAAUGGAAAACUGGGGUCUAAUAACAUUUCGUGAAAGUGCACUGUUGUGGAAUCCGUAUACUGAUUCAGCUGAAUUGAAGGAAUAUGUGACAGUUGUUGUUACUCAUGAAUUAUCUCAUCAAUGGUUUGGUAACUUAGUGACGAUGAAGUGGUGGAACAACCUCUGGUUAAAUGAAGGUUUUGCAAGUUUUCUUGAAUACACUGGCACAGACUUUGUUCAACCACACUGGAAAUACGAUGAACAGUUCAUUUUUAACGGUUUGCAAAGAGCAAUGACCUCAGAUGCCUCGAUAGAAUCUCAUCCUGUUAUUAAUUCAGCUAACUCUCCAGACGAGAUCGAGGACAUUUUUGAUACAAUAACAUACAGUAAGGGUGCUUCGUUAAUCCGGAUGAUGAAGUCAUUUCUUGGAGAUGAUGUCUUCUUAAAUGGCUUGAAGAUCUACUUACAAGAAAACAAAUAUAAAAAUACGGACGAAGAAGAUCUAUGGAAGGCGUUGGAUCGUGCGGUCAAAAGUGUCAAUAAAGACAUCGACAUCAAAUCAAUCAUGGAUACUUGGACAAAGCAAAUGAAUUAUCCAAUUUUGAUUGUUAACCGAAGUGAUUCCAACACCUUCGAUUUCAAACAGAUUCAUUUCUAUGAGUCGUCUAAUGAUACUCUUUCGCCAUCCCCAUACAAUUUCACUUGGAAAAUCCCCAUUACUUACACGACAAAGGAUGGGUCAGCGAAUGAAAUCAUAUGGAUGAACAACGCUACUCUGAAGAUGGAGCUCAACGUUAUGCCAAAUGACUGGUACAUAAUCAAUAUUGGACAGAUUGGAUAUUAUAGAGUUCAUUACGUUGACAAUAAUUGGGAAUUACUGAUAGAUGAAUUACUCAAAAACUAUAGGAGUAUUCCAGAUUCUGCACGUCCACAGAUCAUCGGUGAUUUAUUCCAUCUCGCAAAUCAUGGUAACGUAUCAUUCACUACUUUCCUGAACUUGACGAAAUAUUUGAGCCAAGAAACGCAAUAUGUGCCUUGGACAACUGCCGGAAGAGCUCUUCUCUAUCUUGACCGUAUGCUUCUUUUGGAUGAGAAUUACGGAGAUUAUCAAGCAUAUGUACGUCUCCUUGUAAAUGCAGCUGUGAGAGACGUUGAUUGGAUAACUAUGAGAGAAGAUCGCAAUGAAGAGAAACAUUUGUUACGCGGAACCUUGGGGGAAAUUGCUUGUCAUGUUGAACAUGAAUUAUGUCUACACACUGCUAGAGUAUUAUUCACACUAUGGAUGUCGGAACCUGUGACGAAUCCCAUACCGCCUGGUUUGAGAUCAGCCGUCUACUGUACAGCUAUCCGAUUUGGUGGGCAAGCAGAAUGGAAAUUUCUCAGAAGUCAGUACAAUGUUAAUGAGACGGAAGAUGUUGAAAAGGAAAAUAUCCUGACGGGAUUAUCUUGUUCCCGUGAUGUAUGGACGAUGAAACUAUACUUUGAUUGGAUUAAACAAGACAAACAAUACUGGUCAGCGAUUCCUGAAUUCGCAGUAUCUCCAAUCGGUAACAGAAUGUUGUGGGACUAUGUGCAUGAAGCGGUCAAAUCUUUGAAAACUGGCAUGGAAAAUUCAACACGUUCCCCAACUGAUAUGUGA